AUGGCAUCUCUUAGUCAGCACUACUCUUACCCAAUGCGUCCAGCAAACAAAGAGCCCCAAUGGACAACCGUCUAUGACGAUUUGUUCAACCAAUACGUCGACACUGAUGGGUUUGAAUUUGGCACAUGCAAUGCUGCAGCGACAACAAGCAGUUCAGAUGAAGCCAGCAACAACGACAUUAUCAACUCGAUUGAAGGAAACUACACCGACAGUGGAGACAGCAGUUCAUCUGAAGCAGCAGCAAGACGUCUUUCCGAUGACUUCUGGGCCAGAACACUUGCCGUACUUGAAGAAAGCGCCUCCACAUUGGAACAAGAGCAGACCAACACUCACCAACAACAACAAAGAGGAAGGCAACAACAGAUCCACACUCUUUCUCCCGCCUCCUCUUUCUACAACACAAAGAACCACCCUCAUGCGGACUUUUUGAGUCUCGGCGGUUUCCCUUCACCUCACAUCUCGAACACUAUUCCAUCAUCACCUUCAGCAGAAGCAGCGGCCAGGCGCCGUAAAGCACAGAGAUAUCAACAAGAUCGCUCAACAAAAACACCGGAACGCCCUGUGGGGGUUACCAAACAAUACAGAUCAUCUAGCAAAUCGCCAAAGAUGAUGUCGCCUUCGCGUUACAGAGCAGGAGCUCAAGAUGCAUGGAUUGAGAGCAUAUACCAGACUCCUUCCAGAAUGACGACCAUGAACAUGCCAAUCAGAAGCAUGCCUUUGACCCCUCCUUCCAGUGGAAGAAACAAGCCAGCAGUAGGUCUCGGCUUCCAAGGCUUUGGUGGUCUUGAUGCCUCACCCUUCCAACCAUUCACAAACUACGACGAGCAAACCUCGCCAUUCACCAGCAAUUUUCCCCAGGACAGUCUACCCAGACAACUCUACAGUCCUGAAGCCUCCCCUCUUACAAGCCCCAGCGUUGAACGCGGAGCAAUCUUCGCCGAAGAGCCCAUCCCAACCUUCCGCGACGUCUACUACGAACAACCAAACGUCGCAGACACCUACAACAAAUCCGCCUGGAGCGCAAACUCCUUCGGCGCAGAAGACAUUUACGAGCCUUCUCCAACAUUCAGCCCAUGGAUGGCCAGCGAGAAGAGAGAAGCAGAAUAUCAAGCUUCUCUCGCCGCCGCAAAUUUCCAAGUCCAUGAUAAUAUCAUCCCUUCUGGUUUCAAUGACCCCACUUUGGCUCCUGCUUAUGGGGAAGAAUUGGUAGGUGUGGCGGAGAUUGAUACGACGCCUUACUACACUACUUCCGCGUACGCAAAUAAUGUUUUGAGGAGAGAAUCGCGCACACCUUCUCCCAUCCGCAAAACCAAGCGUUCUUCUUCCUCAAAACCGCACAGCCGCAAAUCAAGCUCUGAUCACAAACCCAGCAAUCGUGGCUCAAAAGCUGGCGGCUUCGUGAACUACACACCUUCCGAUUCCGACAAAUUACUUAGUGGUGUUGCGCCCUCAGGCAGCUCCAAGACGAAAGCGAGAAGGGAAAGAGAACAAGCAGAACGAUGGAGAAGAUUCAGUCAAGCUGCUGUAAAGGCAGUUGCUGAAGCUGGAGGUGAGAUUGCUCCGGUAGCUAAUAUGAUGCCCGUUGGUCCUGUUGGGCAAGGAGAUUUGAUCGAUACUAGUGCUGGAGGGAGUUGGUAA